CCCAAAGCCCUAAUCCCGCCCACCCUACCAUAGCGAAUGUUGCGUUAAAUCAACAAUAAACCAGUAGUGAGCAUUGCCCGCAAGUUCGUCCUGCGGUCAGUAAUAAUGUGUGAUUGUGUACUGUUUUGUUUAUGAAUUGUAUCUGUUCUGUGUUUUCUCUCACAUUUUCACUUAAAACAAACAAAAUCUAAGGUCAAAAGUUCCUGUAACGUUGUGUGUGACGGCUUAAUUUAAACAAUUGUACAACAUGGAUUUAUGAGUUCGCGAUUUGAAAACCAUCAACGGUGGGUGCGGACGAGAUGGGGCGCGCGCGGUACAUUGCGUGCGCGGUGCUUUUGCUGUGUCCUCUAGCUUUAAGUCGCCAUGAUGACGACUUUGCUUUCGACAAUAGUGACGAGUUUCAGGUUGAACUUACAGCCAAUCAUUCAGAAAUAACACGAAAUGGCCUAAGAAGAUUAUGGGGCGUUCCUGACACAUCGGCCUACGUGGGACAUCUGUUCCGAAUGGAAAUUCCCAAAGAAGCUUUCUCCGGAGAAGUACAAGCAUACAAGGUUCGCCGGGAUGACGGUCGUCACACGCCUAACUGGCUCGCCGUGGACUCAAAACACGGCCUGAUCAGUGGCUUGCCUCAGCAGGCGGAUCUCGGUGCUCACACCUUUACAGUUACAGCACAUGGACGAACUCGCGGACUUACAGCCACCGACUCCUUCACUAUCGAGGUGAAGAAAGCGGAAGAGAAGCCGCAGUCUAAAUACGGAUCAUGCGUCGGCGCGGAGAGCCGGCUGGUCCUGGUGAUACUGGUAGAUGGUGCGUUCCACCACAUAGUGCCGCGGCAGCGAAUACGGGCGCUCAUGGAACUUGCCAAAUUUAUGGCCCUCGAUGGUGAUGAAUUUUGGAUGGAGCCCUACAAAGCGGAGGUGGAUCACACAUUGACAGUACUGAAGAGUGGCGCCGGUAACACGCAGCACAGGCGCGGAGGCGCUAUUACAGCUAUCUAUUUAAACGUGGGGUGCAAGAACAAGGUGUGGCCACGCCAUCAGGUGCUGGUAGCGGGAUUACGCGAACAGGCACGGGAUGGAUCUCUGGCGCACGUCCUGCAGCUGCCCGUGUUAGGAUGGCGUCUCGCAGCCGCCGCCGCACCACGCCGCAAGCGCCAGUUAAAACUUCCGGAAGGGUCCGGCGGGUUCGAUUACGACAACGAGGACGACGGUGGAGACGCCGAUCUCGACGCAGAUGGAGACUACAGCGGUUACGAUGACAAUAACGACGACUAUGAUUACAGCCGCAUCGAUGACGGAGCCACCGAGCCCGAGGAGACGACGACUCUACUCACCACCACCAACAGACCAAACCCGACAUCCCCCCCUACCACGUCUACUACCACCACGCCCGCUCCCACCUCCCCGCUCACUUCCCCGCAAACCACGCCCGACCCUACGACUACCGAGGAAUACACCACCGCUCGCGAAGAAACCACUCCCGAGCUCGCCUCUACUAAUACGUAUACCACAGAGGAGGACAAAGUGAAGAUCACACCUUACGAUUCAGCCUCUGAAGCGAGCAAUGUGAAUCACACGAUAGAAAUUCCAGUCAUCCCAAGGCGUAUCGGCAGUUUUCCUGCGGUCUUGCCCGAAUACAAUGUAUCCGAGGUGCAGACCACGACUGAAAUGGAAGCGCAAACAGUAGUUAUACGCGGCUCGGACGAACUACCGCCGGUGUCGUCGUCCGAACAGCCGACAUCGUCGACGCCGUCAUCGACGACGUCCACGAGCACGUCGACCACGACGUUACCGCCCACGACAACGCAAAUACCGGAAACGUCUACGUCGUUCCUACCGAUACCGCCGGUUAUACUGACCACGGUGAAUACGACGUCAUCUCUGCCACCCACGACCUUGUCGACGGCUCAAACGACACUGUCGUCGUCAGAUAUACCCACUACUACCUCAGUUCCAGAAACUACAAUACAGGAAGUCACCAAGCAGGAUUAUGGAUCUUCACAGAGAAGUAGUACAAUAAUAGGUCUCACUACUGAAACGGUGACAUUCGCAAUGAAUACGCCGCCAACUCUCAAGCAUCAUAUGAAGAAAUUAGCCAUCACGGCCGGUAAAGCUUUCCGUUAUAUCAUACCAGCAGACUUGUUCACCGACGCAGAAGAUGGAACCAAUCUCUCAUUCACUAUGUACGAAGCAGAAAAUGUACCGCUCCGGAAGGACUCGUGGAUACAGUUUAUACCUGCCAGCCGUGAAGUUUAUGGAUUACCGUUGGAAAAGCACGUGUCGCGUUGGAACUUCAUUGUCGAAGCCAAAGACAGCGAAGGCGCAGUAGCCCGAGGGCCCCUCGACAUCACCGUGCAGCAACACAAGAGCGGUCGCACAAUCAACCAUCAGUUCGUCAUGAAUAUCGAACUCAGUAAGCCAUACAGCAACGUCAUCGACUGGCAGAUACGAGUUCUGGAAGGGAUUGUCAACCUUUUCAGAGAUACGGAUAUGCACCACCUGACUGUAUUGAAAGCAACACAAACUGACGAUAUAUGCGAAUUCGUUUGGACAAAUGACACGCUUCCCAAGGAUCCGGCGUGUCCAAUGGACGAUAUUAAUAGGCUGAUGAAGAUAAUGGAGUCGGAGACGGAAGCGGGCGCGGCGUCGGCGCGGCUGUCGCGGGCGAUGACGCCGCAGCUGCGGGUGGUGCGCGUGCGCUGGGAGCCGCGCGGCCGCUGCGACCCCCCCGCGCGGCCCGCGCCCGCCCCGCCCGCCGCGCGCCCCGCGCCCCCCGCGCCCGCCACCCGCGCGCCCGACGCCUUCCCGCCGGUCUCCCGCAACCAGGUCGACCACCUCACCGCCGUCGUCGGCCAGCUGCUCGUGCACAAGGUGCCGGAGGAUACGUUCUUCGACCCGGAGGACGGUGGCACUCGUAACCUGGCGCUGUCCCUCCGCUACAGCGACCGGUCGGAGCUGCCGGCCGGCCACUGGUUGCAGUUCGACACUCGUAACCAGGAGUUCUACGGUCUUCCCGCACCCAGCGACGAAGGCAGUGUGCAUUAUCAGCUUAUUGCCGAAGACUCAAGCAAAAAGAGCGCAUAUGAUAGCUUAAUUGUAGAAGUUGUGAAAUCGCCCACAAUUCGUCCCACUGUCGAGUUCCAAAUGACAAUGGAGUAUCCAUUCGCACAACUCGCAUAUGACGCCAAUAACAAACGAAAGGUUGUCGAGAAGUUAGCUGCACUCUUUGGGCAGAAGAGCACAGACAAUAUUAGGAUUAAUAGUAUCACUGACAACCCUACCACUAUUAUUUGGUACAAUACUAGUCUACCAAUGGAUAGAUGCCCAAAGAAAGAAAUCGAGGAAUUGCGCAAAAUGAUAAUCGUAGACGAACGCGGUUCAACAGGUGGCGCUCUCAAGGAGAACGUCGACCACGUGUUCGAUAAAGAUUUUAAAGUUAUGUCCAUAAGGCUUAUACCUUUAGGACUGUGCGCCGAACAGAACACUAAAGUGCCUAAAACAACCAUACAAGUACAUCCGGGUUCAACAAAGUUGCUCAACUCUAAAGCAGACUCGGCCGAGUCUGGCUACCUCGUUACCUUCAUCAUUCCAGCAGUUGUGAUCGUUUGUAUGAUCCUCGUGGCUGGCAUCAUUGCUUGCGUUUUGUACAGAAGACGUAGAACUGGUAAAAUGAGCGUUGGUGACGAAGAAGAAAGGCAAGCGUUCCGCUCUAAAGGUAUCCCGGUGAUAUUCCAAGAUGAACUCGAAGAGCGCGCCGACACGGAACCAGCUCACAAGAGUCCCAUCAUCAUGCGUGAAGAAAAACCACCCUUGUUGCCUCCAGCACCUGACUACAGGGGUGGCGAAGACGUCCCAUACAGACCCCCGCCCCCGUUCCCAGCCUCCCGUACCCCUCCUAGGCCAAAAGCCACCCCCACUUACAGGAAACCACCCCCAUACGUCCCGCCUUAAGACUGCACUGCCUCACUACCUUAAGCAACAUCUAGUUUGUAAGUUUACUGUGUUUCAAAGGCCCCACGCACCUUGGAAUAAUUUUAAGGCCGUGGUAUUGGACCUUUAGUCUGUAAUGUGCAAACGCGAUCUUUGCUCCAUCAAUAAAAAGCGCAGUAGGUUUAUGGCAUGAAUGAAACAGCGUUAUUGUUUCAAAUUGAAACAUCUCUUAAGUUAUUUCAGAACAUUGAUCGCAUUUACACUAUUAUAAAAUUUAAUGAUACACAGCUGUAUUAUGAAACCGGUUCACAAAUUAUUCGUUUAUAUGUGGAUUUUGAACUCCAAUUUCCCUAGUCGAACUCACGAUACACUGUUCUGUACUUGUUACAUAUAUUUAUUAGCCUCUACAAUAUUUUUGCAUAAUUUAUCAAUAAUUUCCUGAAAUUACUUUCCCUGCUAUUAAGAAUGCAUUUAAUACGAAUAUUUAUUAAGUACACCUCGUAAAAACAAGGAAUUGUGCGCCGUAUGACUACGAAUUUCUUAUACAAUAUGUGUAUGUAUAAGUUAGUUACGUACUUAUGUACUAGCUUUGAGAAUUAGGUGUUACACGGUACGGUUAGGUGUUGCUGGUUCAAUUAUAUAAAAACUGGAGACUUCACAAUAAUAUAAUGUACCUAACUUAGUGUUAUUGUUGAAGUAGAACAUGUUAAAAUAGUAGCGUUUAGAAUAAGGUGAAGUUUAACCAGGCGUGUAUGAGUCAUAUUCGUGUUAUUUAAAAAACCGUUCCGCGACGAAAACAGUAUUGAAAACUGUAAAGUAUGUUACAGAAUUGUAGACGUUAUGAAAUGUAUUAUAUUAUAAAUUAUUCGUAACGUCAAUUUCUUAAUGCACAGAUAUAUUAUUGUGCAAAUCUGUGUUCAGUAAUAGUUGAUGAUUGUGAUGAUAUUAUCAUUGUGUUUACAUCCAAUUCAGUCUUUCAGUCUUUUUCAACAAUGGUAUUUUAGAAAGUUUAGCAUGCAAUUGGCAUUAUCUGUUACUUGCAUUAAAGUCGCAAUUUCAUUGGCCACUUAGUCUUCAAUCUAAAUUUGAUUUAUAUAAGUAAAUCUAGUCUAGAGAAUUUCAUUUUCUUUGUUUAUAUUUUUUGUUCUCCGGUUUCUCUUUCCAUUCUAACAAUAGCAUAAGUGUUAAUAUAUUGAGGUGUUAUGUUCUAACAUACUAGAGAAGGCACUAAACAAACACUAUGUCAUAUACCGUACACAAUACAAUACGUAAGGAUCUUAUUACUAUUCAAGUAAUAUGAUUAUUUACUACUAUUAUUAUUACCACAUUUACAUGAAUACAAACUAAAAAACAUGUGAUCUUAAUUGCAAGAUCUACAGUGAUUAUAUUGUUCUAUAUCAUUAAUUUAAAAUAAUACUAUAUAACCGCAAAAUUAGUAGGUGAACUAAAAAAUUUAAGAAAUUUAAUGUCUUUUGACAUAAUAAUAAAUAGAUAUGCAUCGCCUCCACCAGGAAUAUGGUGCGCUAAAGUCAGUCAAAAUAAUUUGGACACCUUUUGCCACCAAUGGCAAAAGAUAUACAUAUUUUUUUUAUCAUUAUUACUGCCGUUCAAUUCGGCUAGCUAUUUAGUUGAGAAGAACUAGCAAGAAACUGAAGUGGUUUUUUUUCUAGCAGCUAGUUCAUAUUACCUCAAUAUUAAUUUGAUGUCUUGUUGCGACGAAUACGAGACUGAACUGCCGUUAGUUUCACUUAGGUCCAGACCAAAAUAAACAAUGAUAUGCGUUUGGCUGAGUGUGUGCCAUUGUUUCGACAAUUGUUAUUUAAUGUAAUUUAAAAUUAAACAUAUCGAAAAUGUAACAUUUUAUAGCCUUUAGCGUAGAUCUUCCAUACACAGUGUAUGUUUAAAUAAUAAGUGUGUAAAUGUAUGCCGAUCCAAAAUCGGGUGUAAAAGCACAAGUUGUAACAUUUAGAGCCGAAUCGAAUCGCUGUUGUGGGUUACUCGACAUGAAUAGAUGGUGUGUACACUAUUAAAUACAAUUAAUAUUUAAUGAAUUAUACAACUGACUCUAGUUAUAGGCUAUGAAUAGAUAUUUAUAAGACGAAAUAUCAUUUUGUACUUGUUUAAUUACCAUAGGUUUAAGAUUAACAAAUCAUGUAAACUAUAGGAAAACUAUGAACGAAAUGAGCUAUAAUAAACAUGUUUCUUUGGAUGUAUUUUUUUUCUAUUGUAUACUCGUUUAGAGUUUUGCAUUUAUAGAUCUUUUUAGUAAUACGAAUAUACAAUUUUACAGGAUAUCAUGUCACUUAUUUCUUUUACAUGUUAGAUGUACUUAAUAAUGUCCACUGUAAACCGUACCAUUUUCAUAAUUUGAUAUACUUUAAUUUGGCAUAUUUUUUAUGUUUGAACACCUCUCAUUGAAUACGCACAUAAUUUAUGUAAUUAAUGAGCUUUUUAUUUUUAAAUUAUUAAAAUGUUCUAGUGAUAAA